AUGACCCGGUUCGACUGGGAGGGAACGUCAAACAAGGAUGCCAUUCUCUUACCUCAUGUCGUGAGCGCCUUCUCCGAUUGUGUUCAUGCAUGGGGCAGUCUCGAGUACCUGACCUGCCCCGUCCUCGACAAUGGCGCCGUACGGCAUCUUUCGUCCUUAAAAUCCUUUGAGAAGCUCUCGACCACUCUUAGCAGCGCACUCACACUGUUCAGCCCGCCUCAUCAUUCUCUAUCGACCAUCACAAACUUCAUCAAACUUAUUGAGAUCGCACCCACUGGCGUCCAGCUCAUUGCAGACACCGCCUCCGCAUCUGCACUCGCAGACCUUCUACAGACGCUGUCAACACAGUGCGAUGCGAUCAAGUUAAACACGCUAUAUAUCUCCGAACACGGCUUAACCGAUCAGUCGCCGCAGACAGCGGGAGGUCGCUUGGAACUAACCCGCACGACGCUCGAACCAGCGUUCAAGUUCAAAAACUUAACUAUGGUCCAGCUCAACACCACUCGAGAAGUCUUGCUGGACGACGCAGCCCUCAUAGAUAUAGCGGACGCGUGGCCGAAGCUCAUAGCCCUCGGUAUCAACCCGCAGUUUGCAUGGCGAGUCCGUCCUCGUGUUACCCUACGCGGCCUGCGUGCAUUCCUAGCUCGCCUUCCCAGCCUCAAGGUCCUCGAUAUUGCAUUCGAUGCGACGAUCCCCUUUAGCUCCGGUCACGGUAUAUCCGAGGAUAUUAACAUGGUUUAUGAUCCUAAGCCGCUUUGCUCGCUCAACUUGCUCAACUCGUGGAUCGACGAGGCAAACAUAGUUGAGGUAGCGAAUUUCUUCAGCUGCAUCUCGUUUCCGGACCUUCGGGAUUUCGGAGCUUGGGCCUUCGGAGUGGCAAUGGUCGAGGGAAGGAUCAACGUGGAGGAUAUUAUGAAUGCAGGGAGCCAGCAGAAGCUAUGGAUGCGUGUUCGAGAGAGGAUCAACGCUCAGCGUCGCAGCAGGGGUCUAGUGGAAGUAUCGGAGUGA